GUUUGACGGGAGGUUGUUGUGCGCGGAGCAAGCCUUCAAACCAUUGCCAGACCUUCGCUUUUGUUCGGCAUGGCUGAGAGGGCAUUUGGUUCCUAGGGAAGGUUCCGUUCCUCCAGCCUCUUAUCGCCACACUUACACGUGUGGUCCGCGCUCUCUAUUUAUAGCUCUACUAACCUUAUCUAAAAUAAGUAGCAUCUCUUUCACAAGUGACCAUAUUUGCACUUAAUUAACCAGGAGUUGGUCGAAUGUGGUUUGUUGGUGCCUAACAUUCGCUUUGUAUAUUUCUCAAACGUAUCCGAUAGCACACAAAAAAUAACGCUGAACGUUAUCUUGUUAUUAAUGGGUGGAAUGCGGUCUAGAGCUUCUACAAAUAUGGCACCGAGAGGUACUUCAACUCGUUCAUCUAUGAUAUUUGAACGUAAAACUAGUGAAGAGCUGUCAUCUGCCUCGCGAGCUAAUGGUAUUCCUGAAGUUGCUUCCAAGCCUAGUUCGAGAGCAAGAACUCCUAAAACGAAUACCGGUAGUCUUGCACAGAAAAGAAAAAUCACUCGCAAUUCCCCUAAAGAUCGUAAGGUUAGAAAAAACCUUGACCGUAACAAAGAAAGGCCGCGAUCAACUAAAUCCAGAAAACAAAAAACGUCCACAAGAUCCAAGAGGGGGGCAAAAGUUGGACUUGUCACUCCUGCCGAUGGUCCUAAAAAUGAAAAGUCUCGAAGAGCUGACUCUGGAAACGAUUCAAAAACUAAAAUCCAGAAGAUAUCUCCGGCGGAAAAUAAUACUGAAGAAAAGAGCGACUCGGAAACAGCGUCGCUGAUAGAUGACGUAGACGAAACGUACUCACCGACAAACAGUGAAAUUGACGGUUCACCCUCCCACGACAGAUAUUCUGACAGUCGACUCAAUUUAGACGGGGACGACGAUGACGACAGAUUGACGGUAGACACGGACGACGAUAGAUGUGAUACCGAUACUAAAGAGAAAAAAAUCGUUGCUCCUGAUGACGCUGACAAGCAUUUGAUCGACGUGUCUGAUAACAACGAAUCCGGGAAAAGAUUUAAAUGUUCAUUUUGUGGUAAAACUUCGCAGUGUCGUGCGGACUUGAAGAAGCACAUUCGCGUACACACUGGAGUUCGACCGCACAAAUGCAAGGUUUGUAAUGCCAGUUUCAUCCAAAUAACUGCGUUGCGGGGACACGAAACUAUCCACACUGGGCAGAAACCUUUUGCUUGUGAUGUGUGCGAUAAAACGUUUGCUAUCAAAGACAGACUUCGGUUGCACAUGCGUGUUCAUACCGGCGAAAAGCCAUACAAAUGUCCACAAUGCAACAUGACUUUCGCUCGAAGAAGUCAGAUCGUGCAACACGCUAAAAUUCACAGCACUGAUCGAUGUUACCGAUGCGAAGAAUGUUCACAAACAUUCACUACGUACCACAUGCUGCAAGCACAUCACAACACACAUCGCGGGAUCAAGGAGUUCAUGUGUGUGGCUUGCGGCAAGAAAUUCAUGCGGCUCGAAGGUAUGAAUAAGCAUAUUCGUACCGUGCAUCGUGGUUCAAGACCUUACACUUGUAAUAUCUGCGGCAAAUCGUUCAAAGGUCAUCUUCAGCAGCACAUGAGACUGCACAUGGGGGUGAGACCAUUCGAAUGCAACAUCUGCAAAGCAACGUUCACGCAAAACUCUCAGUUGACCGUUCACAUGAGGAUCCAUACUGGAGAUCGUCCCUACAAGUGCCAGAUCUGUGGUGCAAAUUUUGCGCAUUCAUCAGCUUGCAAGAUCCACAUGAGAUCGCAUACAGGCGAGAAGCCUUUCAGAUGUGUUCUGUGUGACACUUCAUUUGCUCAACUGCCUCAUCUCAAGAAACACAUGAGGUGCGUACACGACGCAGAAAAACCUUAUCUCUGUACCGGAUGUUGCGAUUUCUUCCAAACGCAGCAAGAGCUGGACAUGCACAAACAACUUUACCACGGCAUCAAGAAGACGAAUGAGGAGGAGGCUGAACAAACUGUGGAAGAAGCAACCCUGGCUCGCCUACGAGCGCGUCUUGCCGUGUUGCUGUACAGAAUUUCCUCUGAAGAGCGACGAGCCAAAUUUGGCUUUGGCAAGCGUAUUAUUGAUGACGUCUUAAAAACCUCUCUUAAAUCAUCUGGCCAUGAACCAAUAACUGAUCCUGAAAUGAGUACUUUGAAUGAACUUAGACAAAAUGUAUUGCUUCUGCUGAAGUGGACGAUACCAAUAGAGACGAUGGAAGAAUAUCAUCGUAACAGCAUGACGGUGGAUGAAGUGCUCGAAAUGCUGACGAGUUGAAAAUUUCCACUGUCAUCUAUGUGGAGUGUUUCUGCGUUUAUUAUUAGUUUGCCGAUCUUAUUGUACGCUAACUGAAUAGUUUUUUUUACAAUAAUUAAAUUGUCUAUGUUGAAUUGCUUGAUUAUGAUAAACUAUUCCUGUGCACACUUUGGAUUACCGUACCGCUGAAUUAUUGGAACGAGUUUCUGUUGCUUCCGCUUCUAUCUGGAGCUUCCGCUGUAGCCUCGAAGCUGAUCAACUUACACGUAAACUAGAUUUGCUGUUCAUGGUCAAGAACUCUUGUCUUCACAUUCUGGUCCUUCAAUAUUCUCCAAAAGUCAUCAAAAUAUUGUCUAUUCUAUUUGCGAUUCUCUCUUGAGAAUUCAUUCUUGAAUUAAAAUUUUCGAUAUCUAACCACUCCUCUCUCACACAUUGGCCGCAUUGUCCGUUCAAGUCUCAAGAGUUAAAUCAUGUCACAGUAAAUGGCCGUCGUUUAAAUCUCCCUGAUUUGUUCCAUGUUCCUCAAGCGCACUAGAUUCACUUUUGAUUUCUAAUACCAACAACAUAAAAAUUGAGUAUAAAUUUAUCCUUUUGUGUUGAUAGAAUUAAGAUUGUAGAAAAAUAUCGUCAGUUUUCGAUUGGUUCGAUCGUGGUCGAUGUACUUUAUUCUUCGUAUCGUCGUGUUUUAACACAAUAAUCGUGUGUUUAAAUGUUGAGUGUAUUAAUCAUUGUUACAUAUUCCCUGUAAUGUUGAUUAUUAUUUUAAUUAUCGCAGAAGAAUUAAUUCAAGCAUAGCCCUUCUCUUCUGCCGUGUAAUGAACGUGAGAUGACCUAUGACCACUUCUACCACCAUUGUACUCUGGAAUGAACUCUGCUUAUAAGUCAUGCACAUUAGAGAGAAUAACCUUAUUUCUCUACCAAAAAAUAUCCCUCAUAGCAUCAUUUAACUAUGAUGCCUAAUGUCAGAGAACGUUCAGGAUGUUGAUGCGCAUCGAAGAGGUUGCACUUACGUAGAUCAAGUUUCAAGUUUCCCCAAGUUGAGGGAUCGCUUGUUUUACAUUCAGAUCAUUACCUACGUCAUCGUCUUGAAUAAUCCUUAUCAGUGUGUCUGUUAUAACUCUUCUCGAUUCCUUAAUACAGUUUUAUUGAACAAUUAUUUUCAAUGUAACGAUAACCAAUAUUUUGCUUCGUAUGACACAAGUUUUUUUAGAGGGAUUUUAAAAAUUGCAAAUUUUAGUAUAUUAUAAUGU